UUUCACCUUUCUUUCUGAUUCUUUCUCUUUCCCUCACCUUUCUUUCUUUGAAUCCCUUCUUCCUCGCACAAUCCCCACAUGUCCGACAGGAUACUCUGCAAGUUCUUUAUCCAUGGCUCAUGCUUAAAAGGAGAACAUUGUGAAUAUUCCCAUGACUCUAAUGUUUGCACAUUCUACCAAAAAGGAAUAUGCUUAUACGGAAGUAGAUGUAGAAACGAACACGUCAGAACCACCACCUCUCAACCACAAUCUUUAUCUCCUUCCAAUGUUCCUCCACCACAACAAAAAGGAGAUGACAACAACAACAACAACAACGACGUUUGUUACAUCCACCCAAGAGAAUACCCAAUCUGCUCCUUCGCCGCAGCCGGCGACUGCCCACGUGGCAGCCAAUGCCCCCACAUGCACGGAGACAUCUGCAGCACCUGCGGCAAAAAGUGUCUCCACCCUUUCAGACCCGAAGAGCGAGAAGAGCACACCAAAGAAUGCCAAAAGAAGCAGAAGCACAUCGAGGCUUUGAAGAAGAGCCAAGAGAUCGAGUGCAGCGUGUGUUUGGACCGUGUCUUGUCCAAAGCCACUCCAGGGGAAAGGAAGUUUGGGCUGUUGACAGAGUGCCAUCACCCGUUUUGUAUACAGUGCAUCCGUAACUGGCGUAGCAGUGCUCCUGUUUCGGGGAUGGAUGUGAACAGCACGUUGAGAGCGUGUCCUAUAUGUCGCAAGCUGUCUUACUUCGUUGUCCCGAGUGUUGUCUGGUACUCUACUCCUGAUGAGAAGAAGGAGAUCGUUGACAUAUACAAGGCAAAACUCAGGUCAAUCAAUUGCAAACACUUCAACUUUGGAAAUGGAAACUGCCCUUUUGGGGGAAGUUGUUUCUAUAAGCAUGCAUAUUCUGAUGGUCACGUGGAUGAAGUUGUUGUUCGGAAUCUUGGUUCACAAGAAGGAGAAACUGUAAUAGCAGACAGUAUCAGGCUAUCUGAGUUCCUUGGUCGUGUGCAUAUUUGAAAUAUCCUUUCCUUAAUAAUCUAAUAACACAGGUGCUGAUGACAACAUCUUUAUCUUUCAAACUCAUUUGAUUCCCGUUGACAAUCCUUUGAAAUUAGUAUGAAGACAUGCUCAGAGGGGGAUACUAGUUCAAAAGAUAUUAGGACAACAGAAGAAAACUCAUUUGUAAAUAAUAUUUAGAUAGUGAAAAUGUUGUAAAUAGAAUAAGAUUGUUUGAACAAGGCAUUACCCAACAAAUAAUGUAAAUAAAGCCUUUCAGAUCUAACU